AUGCCGCGCAGUUCGAAGCACAAAUCGAGCAAGCACAGUUCUCGGGACGCGAGGGAGCACUCCGACUCGGAAAGAGAUUCCGGCGCGAAGGAUCGGAGGAGCAAGGAGGAGAGCGUCGGCGCGAAGGCGUCGAAAGAUUCGGGUUCCGGGGAUAAGCGGAGGAUGGAUUCAAAGGAGGCGCACGGGAAUGGGGAGUACUCUGACGACUACGCGUCGUCGUCGAAGCGGCGUAAGGACGGCGGCGGGGGAGACAGGUGGAAUGGUGGCGAGGAAGGGACGAAGAAGUCGAAGGCGGCGGGGGAUUCGAAGAGCAGGAGGAGAGACGGAAGCGUGGGAGUGUACGGUGAGGGGGAUGAGGUUAAGAGGAGUAGUGGGAAAGGGGAUGGGAAGCAUAGGGAUUCGGCUUCGGGGCGAAGCAGAGAGGGUGCGACGGAGAAGGAGAAGGACAGGAAAUUCAAAGAAGGUGGUAGGAGUGAGGAAUCGGUCGAUGAGCCAGAGCAGCGUGUAUUCAAACAGGUCUUUGAAAUUAAUGAUUCAAAGAAAAUGGAUGAGUUACGAAGCCCUGAACAUGAUAACCAGAUUGAGAGGCGAAUAAGGAAGAAGAGGGAGGACUAUAGUGAUGGUGAUAAGCAUCAAGAUAAUGCUGGUGAUGGUUAUGAUAGACAUUUGUCUUCUAGAGAUGAGGUCAAGGAUGGGAAAAAGAAAGAUGAUAGGCGAAAGGAGGAGAAAUAUAGAGACAAAUAUAAGGAGGAAAUAGACAGGGAGAACAAACAUCGAUAUGACAAGCAACGUGAUGAGCGCCCUGCUAAAGAUCAUACUGCCAUUAGGUCUGAUGAUAAACACUCUAGGGAAGAAAAAAAUAGUUUAGAAUCACGGCAAAAGAGAACCAAGCUUCCAGAGAGUGAUAGGGACCACAAUCGUGAUGGGGAUCGUGACUUGGAUUCUGUUCGUGAUCCUGAACGCCACAGUGAACGUGAUCAUGAUUAUGAUCUUGACAGGGAUCAUGAUUAUGACAGAGAUCGAGAUUGGGAGUGGGAUCGGGAUCGAGAUCAUGAUCGUGAGCGAGACAGAGAUCGUGACCGUCGCCGUGAUCGUGAUGGAUCACAUGUAGAUGAUAGAAAUGUUAGAGGAAAAGACAGUGGAACAAAGAAAAGAACUUUGGAUGAUCGUGAUGAUUAUACUGACUCUAAAUCCAGAGCAGUUAAGAGCUACUAUCCUGAUGCAGAGAAAAGGAGUUUAAGCACCAGCAGAGCUGAUUCUGAUGUCGACAGAGGAAGAUCUCAACAUAGACAAGCUCAUGCAGAUUCAACUGGGACUAGCAAUAAGCACAGAUCUUCUCCUGCCUCAAAUACACAUAUUGGCAAAGAUGACUAUAGAAAUGCAAAAGCUGAAGAUUCAAAGUACAGAGACCCAACAGUAGAGCAGAGAACCAAAGGCUCAAGAGAGGGUUACACUGGAACAUCAGAUAGAGUUCCUAAAUACAAAUUAAUGGAAAAACCUGUUAAAAUAGAUGAAUGUCCUGCAGGAGAUUUGUCAACUGAAAGGUCAUCCAGUACCAAGGCUUCACCUGGGGGCCUGAUGGAAAGAUCUCCUUCAUCAACAAGUAUUGAUCGCAGGUAUGUGAACAGAAGUGGUGUUAAGCGGAAUCUUGAAAUUGAUGAAAGUGGAAGGAGGAACAGUACUGAUGUAAGAGAUUUCUCUACUUCUGAUGAUAGACUUGGCCGGGAGUCAACUCUAGAGAAACCACUAUUGGAUGAGCCCUCUCAAGCAGAUUCAUCUUUAUAUGGUAGGAGUAAUCAGAGCAAUGCAUCAUUGAUUCCUCCUCCGCCUGGUUUCAGAACUACCUUAGAUAGACCUUAUAUGGGUUCUUUAGAGGAUGACAUUAGAGACAACUCUAAUUCACGAUACAGAAGAAGUAGUGAACCAGGGUUUGGAAGAGGGCAUGGUGGCAAUGCCUGGAGAGCAGUUCCAAACUGGAAUUCCCCAGUACCAAAUGGGUUUGUUCCCUUCCCACCUGGGCCAGCUCAUGGAGGUUUUCAAACAAUGGUGCCACAGUUUACAUCUCAGCCACUUUUUGGUGUUAGGCCUCCUAUGGAAGUUAACCAUGCUGGCAUUCCUUACCAUAUUGCAGAUGCUGACAGAUUUCCAGGUCACUUGCGCCCCCUUGGGUGGCCAAAUUUGAUGGAUGGUACAGGAACUGCUCAUUUACAUGGAUGGGAUAGUAGUAAUGGUGUCUUCAGAGAUGAUCCUCACAUGUAUGGUAGUUCUGAUUGGGAUAGGAAUAGGCAUUCAGCAAAUAGCCAUGGAUGGGAAUCUGGUUCAGAGACUUGGAAAGAUCAGAAUUGUGAUUCAAAGAAGGAAUUGCCUUCCCCAGUCUGCAAAGAUGAAUCAGUUCCUGCCCUGGUUGAUAAUGGUUUGACUGAUCAGACAAGUCAGAUGUUGCAGGAUGAACAUAACCGGGAUGAACUUGUUGAGAAAUCUCCGGAAAGGAAGUUUUCCAGUCUCAGCUCUCCAGCAGAAGUACAACUACGCGCUUUGUCCUCAACCCUUGAAAAGGUGCCUGAUACAUCUACACCCAGCGACAAUACUUCCCUUUUCAGUCGGUUCUACCUUUCCAAACUUGACAUUUCGGUGGACUUAGUACCGACAGAGUUGUAUGACCAGUGUAUGUGUGCUCUGAACGUUGACAAAAAUGCUUCUGUUGAUCCAGUUGCUGGUACAGAAUUAUUAUUGAAGAAUGGUUUUAGAGCGCACCAGAAAUAUGCUGCCACCUUAUCAAGGCGUUCACCUUUUUCAGAAAUUGACAAUUCUAUCUUCCAGAGAGCCAUGGACCUUUACAAGAAGCACACGGUGAAGAUGCCUAGGAAGGGGGAAAUAGAUAAUAUUGUGGUAUCCAACCAGAUGCAAGUGGAUGGGUCGAUUCCGAUUCCUAUUCCUAGUUUGGAGAAUGGGCACAUUUCUGUCUCAGCUUCCGUAGGGAUAAAGGAUGUGCCAAUGCCUACAUUAGAAACAGGCAAAGUGGAAACUGUAUCUCCUGCAAAAGAGCAAUUGAAAGAUAUCAAUCAAACCUACAGCCAAAUGGAGCAAAAUCAUGAUAAGACUGGCAUGUCUAGUCCAUCUUCUGCUCGUGUGGACCAAGCAGCAGCUGUAGCAGGUUUGCAAGAGAAAGAGCCCGAAAUCACUACUGCUAAGGUGGAUUCAGGGAAUGCAGUGGAGGAUAACUCCUUGGCCGCUAAAAAUGAAGCGCAGUUGGCCUCCACUUUGCACGGAGAGGGUGAUAACAUAGAUUGCAAAGCCAAAACGACUGGUUUUGCCCAUUGUGCAGAUGAAAAGCUGGGUUUUGGUGAUACAAAGGUUAAUCCUAAUCCCUUAAUUGUUGAGGAUGGGUCUCCCAAAGCUUGUGAUGCUUUGAUGCCUGGUUCAAAUGAGUCUGAGUCGCUAAUUUUAAGCCGGAUACAUCAUUCUCCUGAAAGUACACAUUGA